AGUGAGCAUCAUUUACUAGGCAACCCUCCUGGAGUCCUCCCGGAAGAUAUUUGCUGGGGACCGACCUUCUGGUCCUGCUUAGGCAGUUACACUGGGGGAAGAGGGGGCACUGAUUGGGCUCAAGGGUAGGGGGACGUGGCCUUUCUGCACUAAAAGAGGUUUCAUGCUGAAACCAGGACAAAAUGCGGAGCCUGGCAUCUGCAUUUCCAGUGCAGGGCUGAUGCUUGGGCUAGGAAAUCCCAGGGGCAGGGUGUCCCCACUGACCGAUGAGCAACCCCUGAACGGGUGGCCUUUAAAACCACUUCGCUAGAUCGCUGCAGCUCGCUCCUGCACCUUGUGAUUUUCCCAUCUUCCCCGCAAGAGCAAUUUCUUGCUGAAGCUGUUUUCUGGAGCUCCAUUUUGUGGAGCUCGGAGGGGGUUAUUUUCUCCUCCGUCUCCUCUCCUUUGAAGGAAGUUAUGCUGACGUUACAUCUCCUGGCUCAGGACGGCAGGUAUAAAAUGCGAAACUGCAGACGAGCCCACCAGAGAAAGCCCAAGGCUCAGAACUAUACAGACAGCACCGAGCCAGCCCCGCCAGAGUCUUAGUGACAGCAGUUAACAUCAGAAAGAAAAUUCUCUCCGGAGGCGUGUGGACAGGCACAAAUAUGAGAUCUCUAUAUUUAUUCCUCCUGUCAGCGUUCUGUUCAGCCCAAAAGAUACCAAGACUGAAGUUUACCCUUAAAGACUCUCCUGUGCUGAGCUUCGAGAAUGGGGAGAAGUCCACAGUCCUCUUCCAUGAUGCCGGAUCUGAGCAGCUGUACGUUGGGGGCAGGGGAGUGCUGCGCAUCUUGACAUUUAAGGAGGCGGAGGUCAACCAGACCCAGGUUCCCCUGCGGGCCGACGAGAAGGUGGAGAAGAACUGCAGGAGCAAGCCUGGGGUGGUGCAGGCCGAGUGUGACAACUACAUCCGGGUGAUCCAGAGGCUGAACGGCAGCUCCAUCAUCGUCUGCGGCACCAACGCUGGUUCCCCCAAAUGCUGGUUCCUGACCAAUGACACGACACUGCAGCAGGACAAACAGGGCCAAGCCCUUGCCAUCAGCGGGGAGAGCCUCGCCCCGGCAUCACCGUCUCAGCCGGCUGCAGCCAUCGCUGUGGAGGGCAGCCUGUACUCGGCAUUGUCCCAGGACAGAAGCACCAUCCAGAGGAGCUAUGGCCCAAGGAAGCUGCUGAGGACAGAAGACAAAUGGCUCGCCAAGGCAGAGUUCGUCAGCGCCGCCUUGGUGCCGGAAAAGGAGUCCAACCUGGAUGAAAUCUACUUCUUCUAUAACGAAGUCAACAAGACAGCGGGGCUGGACGAAGAGCCGGUCAAAGCCCGGCUGGGCCGCGUGUGUAAGGUGGAUGAAGGUGGGAAGAGCCUCCUGGUCGAUUUCUGGACCACGUUCCUCCAGGCCAGGCUGGUGUGCGGCGGCCCAACCCAUCCCCAGCGCUUCAACCAGCUGCGUGACGCCGUGGUCCUGGGCAAGGGGCAGAUGGGCCGAGGGAUGCUGUACGGGAUCUUCACCAGUGCCUGGGGCACGACCGCCGUGUGCGCCUACUCCAUGGACACGGUGACCCACACCUUCCGAACCUCCAAGCUCAAGGGCUACACCAGCGUCCUGCCAGCGCACCGACCCGGCACGUGCGUCCCCUACAAUUCCCCCAGCGCCCCCUCCAAAGCCGUCCUUAGCAUCGUCAAAGAUUACCCCGAGAUCGAGACCGUCAUCUACCCCGAGGAGCAGCGCCCCCUGUAUGUGCUGCAGACCAAUGACACCUACACCAAGGUGGUGGCUGACACAGUCCUGGAUGCCAGCAACACUUCUCGCACUGUCCUCUACCUUGGGACGGAUAAAGGGAAGAUCCACAAAGUCCUGCAGAGUGGAGGGCAGACGGUCAUCAUCUCUGAGCUGAGCCCUUUCCAGAGAGAAGCGCCCAUCUCUGGGAUGGCCCUGGAUGCCGCCACAGGGCACCUCUAUGCAGCCACUGAGUUCGAGGUGACGCGCCUGCCACUGGCAGACUGCGGGCAGUACAGGGAGACCUGCUGGAAGUGUGUCCUCGCCAAGGACCCGUACUGCGGAUGGGAUCCAGACAGCAAAAAAUGCUCAACCAUCUCCCGAGAGGCAAACGACACUGCCAGCAGCUUCCUGCAGAGCCUGGACCCAGAGGCUGAGGACGUGUGUGAAGGUGCAGCAGAACAAGUAGCGCAGGAAGCUCUGAAAAAGGUGAGCGUGGACUCGACCAGCUACAUCUACCUACCGUGCCCUCUGCGCUCCCACCACGCCAUCUACACCUGGGUCAAAGAUGGCACCAAGCAGUACCCCUGUGCCAUGGACGGGCACUCCUGCACGCUGCGCUUUGGGGAGAACGCCCCCAUGGACCAGGGGCUGUUCAAAUGCACAGCCACGGAGGACGGCUACCUAGAGGAGAUUACUGCCUAUAAACUCACGCUCAACGCUGCCUGCAUCCCACAGCUCUCCGUGACAGUGGCCGCUGGUGUUUUAUUCCUGGUCAUCACCACCCUCUUGCUCUAGACUUUGCCAUCCAAGCGAAGAUCUCAUUACACUGCCAACGCCCUCUCUUUCUUUUUCUUCUUGUAACCCUCCCUCCUGAUGAUUCUCCCUUUAAACCCCAAACAAAACAUGUGACGCUCUAGGGACAAAAUUCCAGGGCGCUCUUCCUAACGCUCCAAUUUGGGCAUCCCAUCAGCAAAAACAGCCGUUGCAGCGGGGGUUUUGCUAGCCAUCGAUAAUUACCCAGGAGCCUCCUUCUCAAAAUGUAAAGCACGACUAAACUUGGCAGAGCCGGGGCGCGGGAGAAGUUAGAGUAGAGGCCAGGAGGGUAAAUGGACUAUUUAUUUUGCUGCUCAGUGGGCUAGUGAAUUUGUUCAGCACAAGGCCUGCUGCAUGCUGAUCCCAGUAUAGCAUCCAGCUUGUCUGAUAGGCACUGGUCCAGACUGGGGGUUUGCUUGUUCCAAGGUGCUGGGCGAUAGGAUUUUGCUGGUUUCCACGAUGUGGCUUUCUAAUGCUUCUUUAAGGAACAAGCCUCCCAAGGUGCUGCUGGGGGAAAGACGAUGCAUGAGUGGGUCUCUUCCAACUCCAGCUGCUAGGAGCUAAACCCUUUUAGCAUCCAUGUUGUUUAAAGGGAAAACUCCCCUGCUGAUGCCCCAAGUCUGACCUAUUCGGAGUCAUGAUCCAGGCUGUUCUCACUCCUGUCUUUUAUGCACAGUUACCCUGAUUACCAGCCUGGCCUGUGUUUUCAAGAGAAGGGAGAGUGAUCAUCCAGACACCCACACUCUGAGCUUACACUGGGGUAAAUGCAGAGUCACUGCGCUGACUUGGCGCUUCCAGUGAUGGAUCCGCCUUCAAGCAACCAUCUUCAGCUACCAUCUUGCAGUGGUUUCAAUCGGCACCAUACAGUGGCCGUGGGAGGGAUCUAAGGCUUGAUUCCACACGACUGGUUCAAAUCCACCACUCUGAGCAACUGCGCUGAAAAGGGACAGAUGGAGAAGGGCUUCCAGCUAGAGGGGAUUUCAAAUCGAAAAGCAAAAGGGAGGGAGGGAAAGUUAGCGGCUGAGCUCAGUCGUACCUGGGUAAAUCUGGAUGGCACUCACAUGAAGAGGUGCAGUAGCUGAGUGGUGAAGACACUGUCCUACCAGCCUGAAGGUUGUGGGAUGAGUCUUGCUUGCUCUCAUGCUAGGAUGCUCUCUCCCCUGCGAAAUGGGUACCUGCUCCAUCAGGUUAGGGCAGUCGGGGUCCACAUCAAUUCCUUGUGUCCCGUUGGCUCUGAAAGUGAUGUGCCUUAACUGUGUCAGCCCAAUGAGCCAUUGGCUUGGGGACGCUUUGCCUUUGCCUCAUGAGAAUGACUCCAGUCUGACACUGCUGCAAUGGAGAUCAGAAUCUGCCCCAGAGACCAGGAGAGAUGGAUUCAAAACUGGCUUUCAACCUUGCACCAUUGCUCAUUUCCCACAGGAUUACCAAACCAGUGCUUUAGGUGCUUGUGCAAUGGUACGGAAAGAGUUAAUCACGUCACCUUUCUCCACCUUCUGUGUCCAGAGGAUACUGACCAAGCCAGUGCCCUGGACGUUAAACUACAUUGGCUAAAUUUGCAAGCAAACCUAAAAAAACAAAGAACAUAAGAACGGUUGUACUGGGUCAGACCAAUGGUCCAUCUAGCUCAGUAUCCUGUCUUCUGACAGUGGCCAGGGCCAGAUGCUUCAGAGGGAUUGAAACAGAGCAGGGCAAUUUAUUGAGUGAUCCAUCCCCUGUCAUCCAGUCCCAGCUUCUGACAGUCAGUGGUUUAGGGACACCCUGAACAGGGGGUUGUGUCCCAGACCAUCUUGGCUAAUAGCCAUUGAUGGACCUAUCUGCCAAGAACUUAUCUCAUUCUUUUUUGAACCCAUGCCCCAGUUAUACUUUUGGCCUUCGCAACAUCCCCAGGCAAUGAGUUCCACAGGUUAAUUGUGCAUUGUGUGAAGAAGUACUUCCUUAUGUUUGUUUUAAACCUGCUGCCAUUUUAAUUUCAGUGCAUGACCCCUGGUUUGUGUAAAAUUCUGGUGAUUUUGAGCCAGAAACCAAAGCCCUCCUUUCAGCAGGUUAGCGGCUCUGCUGAGUGCCAAAACAGCUGUCCGCAUCUGGGUACCGCACAUCUACCAGAAUCCAGCUGCUUCCUUCUCCUGAUUUUCAGCAAAAUAAUUUUUUUUAUCUUUGUAUAAAAUAGAUAUGAAAGUUUUUGCAAAAAAAAAAAAAAAAAAAGAUGAGGAUAAAAAUUUCCCAGUCCCUAAACUAGCUAUAGUCAGCAGCUGUAUGAAUGUAGCUAAUGACCCAUGUAGUUUAAAAAACCCAGCCAAACAGGUAGGAUGUUAGAGUAACUCCCUUUGCUUGUAUUUAUCAGCUCUGCGUAUUUAUUUGGUGUUAUUAAAGAGGUAUUGUCUACUGAGCAUAAGGCGCGGCCCCAGGCACUCCUGGGUUCCAAUCCUAGCUCUGUUACCGAGUCGCUGUGCGACACUGUGCCUCAAUUUCCCCAUCUGUGACAUGGGGCUAAUGACAGUGCUGAACCUCACAGGGUUGUCACCAUUCAUGUUUGAAAAGCACAACAGAAGGGCUGCGUAUUACUUUAAAGCAAUGGGAACGUGGGAUGGUGUAUCGGGAGUCUCCGAAUCCCACUCUGUUGCAGUCGGGGCUGUCCCCAGAUAGCCUCACCUGCUGUUCUAGGUCUGCCCUUAGAUUGGCUGGGAAGGAUUUCACUGCCUAGGAAAACAAGCAUGUGUAGGAGAGGGAGAUGUGUGGGUCGUAAAUUACAGUGACUGGACACCACUACCCGUAUGCUCCCGGCGGUGUGUGUGAGCAGAAUAAUGUCCCAUUAUGGGGAACUCAGAGGUAUGCAGAUCUUCUUUUUAUAGCUCAUCCGUGGUUUUGUUUUUUACCCAUCCCUACAUCCUGCCUCUGCUCUUCUCCCCACCCAUGCCCUGGGCCAGCAUCUCCUGAAGGCAGUGCCCAAACUGCCAGUGAAAUGCCAGCACGUGUGUGUUUUGCAAUCCCUGGAGAGGAAGCAGAGAGAUUUCUGCUGCUGUGUCCAGCCAGACUUCGGUCGUGGGGGAGUAGCGCAAUUUAGAGUAAUUCUCAGACAAAUGCCGGGGAUGCCAUUAGACUGCGCCAUUCAAUGGAAGGUACAAAAGUGCCAGAUUGUCAGGACUGGAUGCUAAAGGGUUAAUCUCUUAAUCCAAGAGCAAGCAGGGCAGCUUUGCCCCAUGCUGUGUUCUCUGCUAGCAGGACCUCGGGCUAUUUUUUAACACCAGGAGGAGGCGACAGGUUGCCUGGACAAUCCUCUUCACAGGCCAAGUGAUGGCUAGAAAUAAGGUAAUUUACUAGAUGCACACAAAGCAGAUUGGUAGCAUUUAACACUAAGUUCAGCAGGGAGGCUGGGGUCCCAGAAAGGCUGCAGGGUUAUUGGAGGGGCAACACAAAUCUGUCUUGAAGCAGUAGGGGCCCCCAUUGCUUUAAUCGGUGUAGUUAUAUAGGCGGCAGCACGGUCUUGUGGCUAGCGCAGCAGCCGCCCAUAUCCUGCCCCUGACUGGCAGUGUGACCUGGACACAUGAUGCCGCUGCUCUGUGCCUCAGUUUCCCCAUCUGUGACAGGGGAGCUGAUACUAAAGCUCUGUUAAUAUAUCUAUAUAUUUUAUUACACGCACCACUGUUUGGAAGUCAAAUGGGGCUGGGGUCCUGGCUGCCACUCCACCAGGGAGGAGGGAAAGAAGAGAACCUAAAAAUGGCAAAGAAUGACCCAGGACUCUUAAACCAACAGCUGAGAUCCAUAAAAACAAUGAGGAGUCCAGUGGCAACAGAUUUAUUUGGGCAUAAGCUUUCGUGGGUAAAAAACCCACUUCUUCAGAUGCAUGGAGGUCCAUGUUUCUGAUGCCCAGCCCCACUCCACUUUUUGGCUCUGUGCUGUCUGUUUCCCUUAUUACCCCACGAUGACUCUGAAGAGUGGAUGUAAAACUGGCCUCAUGGCGCAAGUAUCUCCCAGUGAGAUGGGGUGGGGGCCUGUUAAGGAAGAGGUUUAUAUUAAUAUUCGGAUAGGAAACCUGAAUGAGUUUCUUGGAGCAUGAUCGCAGGAAGUCCCAAUGUUGCUAUUGUCAUAUCUGGUGUUUUCCUUAAAACUCCAGCUCCUGGAGUCCUGUGAUUGCAGGAGAAUCUCAGCUGUCAUUUAAAAAAUAUAGGUGUCUAGUGCAGAAAAGCUUGAAAACGCAACCCCUGGAGGCUCAGAACCCAGGAGGCAAAUGAGACAAAUGCCACAGUUAUUGUUUUUUAAAAAACAAUCUCAAGAUUUUUUUAGGGGCCUGAGUUGAUUUUUGCAUAUUUGAGGCUGGCGAUGCUGGCAGUCCCAUGUUUGCACCAGGUCGGGGCGCUGUAUAUUGGAAAAACACAAGUUUGGUUUUUUUCCCUUUCCCGUUUGGUACUCUAGAACUUCCGUCGCUGGAGGAAUGCAAAAAACGACGAGAAGCUGCCUUUAGCUGCUUCUUAGUAAACAAUCCUCUGCCCUUUCUUUCUGAAAGAAACAAAGCAGUCAGUGUUGUCUGGCUCCCUCCCAUGGCAUAUGCUUCCACUCCUGCAAGACCCCGCUUUGCUGUGUAGUGAUCUGAAUGUCUAUGUGUUCCGCCCCUUUGUAACUUGUGACCCCCCCCGCGCCCCCUCCAAAAAAACAACCUAUGUUCCGCUCUCUUCUGAGUCGAAAGAAAGUGUAACGUGUGCUGGGGAAUGGAAUAAAUGCGUGCAAUCGCCAA